AUGCCAUUAGUAAAAAAACCUAUGCGUUAUGCACAUCCAGAAGGACACACAGAUGUUUGUUAUUUUUCUGGUGAAAAAAGAGGACUCAUUACUUGUGGAUCUGAUGGAGAUGUUCGGUCUUGGUUAAAUCUAAUGGAUGAUGAUCCAAGUACAAGUUGUGUCUCAGAACAAGCUAUAUCAAUUAUAUCAAAGAAUGAAAAAAUAUUUGUUGGUAAUGAUAAUAAUACAAUUCAAAUUCUUAAUUAUCCGGAUCUUGAAAAAGAAGGAAUAGUUACUAGAUUUUCAGCACCUGUCUCAGCAUUAGCAACGACAAAAAAUAGUAGUCUUAUAGUAUCAGGAGGAUGUGACAUGAGAAUACAAAUUACUGAUAUUAAUACAUCGGAUAACAUAGAAUUAAUAGGUCAUGAAGCUCCUAUAUUAGGUUUAUCUUUGGAUCCAAAAGAAAAGUUUGUGGCAUCAUCAAGUGCAGAUGGGUCAAUUAGAGUAUGGGAUAUUAAAACAAAAUGUGUUGCAAAUAUUUGGGUUAAUGUUAUACCCAAAUGUAAUUCAUUUUUUACAGCUAAAAUAUAUGGUGUACCCUCAUUUCAUCCUAAGGAUGGAAGUUAUCUUGCAUUUCCUAGCAUAAAAGAUGUAGUUAUAGUUGAAAGAUCUACUUGGAGAGAAUUAUUUCGUUUAAAAUGUAUUAAUAUAAAAUCUGAAAUUAGUAUAUGUAAAUUUUCUGAAUGUGGCACAUUAUUAGCUGCUAGUUCAGCAUUUGGGGAAAUGAUUGUUUGGAAUGUAGAAAGUAAAGAAUUAAUUGGAUAUAUUGAACAUCAACAAAAUGCUAAGAUCACUGCAUUAUCUUGGAAUAUUGAUAAAUCAGAUGAAUUUGCAUUCUGUGAUUUUUUAGGUCAAUUAGGAUGCAUUGAUGUUAUAGUUUCUGAUAAGACAACAACUGAUGAACUAGAUUUAGAAACAAAUGGAGAUGUCAAAGACAGCAACAUUGAUAUUCCAGAAGUAGAUGAAGAUGAUGAUGAUGAGGACAAUGUAAUAUCUUUAAACAAAAUUAAAGCAUCAACAGAGCUUGAAGAUGAUAAAAAAAGUCAUUCUGAUUCAGUAUCUGAAAAAUCAUAUGAUGCAAAUGCUUUUACACCUGAAAUUCAUUUACAACUGCCAUUUCAACCUGGUUCAUCUCCAAAACAUUUAUUAUCUCGUUUUAUGGUGUGGAAUGAUAUAGGUAUGGUAAGAUGUUUUACUUCUGAAGAUGGAGAUGAAUCUAGUAUUGAAGUGGAAUUUCACGACGUGACGAUCCAUCGUAGUAUACACAUUAAUAAUUAUUUAAGGCAUACAAUAGCUGCAUUAUCACAACAAGCACUUGCAUUAAAUUGCCCAUCAAAUAGUGAUACACGCAGUUGGGGUUCUGGAAAUAAGGAGUGGUCUUUAGAUCUUCCUGAAGGUGAAGAAGGACAUUGUGUUGCUGCUGGUGAUAAUUUUGUAGCACUUUCAACAUCCAGAAGACAUUUAAGAAUUUUUACUGUGGGAGGUACACAACGUGAAAUUGUAGCUCUGCCAGGUCCUGUAGUUACAAUGAAUGGACUUAGAAAUAAUUUAGUGCUUGCUUAUCAUAAUGGAAUAGGAAAAGUAGGAGAUCAAAAGAUGAAUUUAUUGUUAAUUCAAAUUCGGAGACUGAAUUUAUUUAGUCAAACAUUAUGCCUUCCAUUGUCACCGUUAUCAGAAUUAAUGUGGUUAGGAAUUACUGAUCUUGGAUCUCCCGUAAUAAUGGAUACCGAUGACGUUAUUAAAGUAUAUUGUGAAAAAUCUUCCUUAUGGAAAGUAGCUAGUGAUAUGAAUACGCAGUCCAAGGGUAAAGCAGAUCAUUAUUUUAUAAUUGGAAUAAGCGAACAACAAAGUAUUGCUCGCUGCGUUUUAUGCAAAGGAAGUCAUUAUCCUCCAACUACUCCACGACCAGUAAUUAUAGAAAUAUCUUUAACUCUUCCACUUUGUGAACUUGAAACUGAUAAAACAGAAAAGGAACAAAAAUUAUGGAAAUUGGGAACCAAUUCUUCAGAAAAGAAUGAAAUAGUGCUUUCUCUUAUUGCGCUUGCUUGUCGCAAUAAUUUAGAAUAUCGAGCGGUAGAAUUGUGUGAACAAAUUGCGUCAGAGAAAGUUAUAGAACUAGCUAUUAAAUAUGCUCGAAGAAUAAAUCGAAUAGCUUUAUCUAAUAAAUUGGAGUCGAUUGUUGAUAUAAGGGAAGAAGAAAAGGAGAAUGAAAUGGAAUAUAAAAGUAACGAUGCAAAUUUUAACGAAGACGAUGACAAAUCACUGGAUAAUGAUGCUAAAGAAUCCAUACUUUCUUUAAGCAUCACAAAAAGAUCAGAUAUAGAAAUUAAACCAUUACCUAUGACUGAAACAUUAUCAUUAAAAAGAAAUAAUCCAUUCUUAAAAAGUGGAAGUUCUCCGAUAACAAAAGGAUUAGCUGGGUUAGAUAUAACUCCAGAAAAGCCACAGAAGUUAGCAACACCAGUUCCUUCAAAGUCAAAGACAAAAGAAGUAAAAGAUACACCAAAAAAAGAAACAUUUAUUAGUUGGUAUGCUAAAAACAAAAAAAGCUUACAAGAAAAAUUUCCCGACUUAAGUCCUGCAGAUUUAACUAAAAUUGCCUUGACAAGAUACAAAGAGCAAACUGUAGGUUCACAGAAUAACAGUAGUGUGGAAUCCACAGAAUUGAAAAAAAGAAAAUUAAGUCCCGAGAAACAUGCACCAUUAGAUGUGAUACAGAAUGCUAUGGGUGUAAUGGGCCCAUGGCAUAUUGUUAUUGCUAUAGCGUUGUCUCUUGUAAAAUUUCCAGUUGCUUGGCAUCAACUGUCUAUUAUAUUUUUGGCACCUCCGACUAAUUUUUCAUGUGCCGCACCAAUAUCAAUGACUAAUGAAUCUACAAUAAUGAAAUGCUAUGUAAAUGUAGGGAAUGGUACUAUGGAAAAAUGUACAAAUUUUAAAUAUGACAGGCGCAUAUUUAAAGAGAGCAUUAUAACACAAUGGAACUUGGUCUGUGAUAGAGAACAAUUAGCGAAUUUUAUACAAUCUUGUAUAAUGCUUGGGGUUCUUAUUGGUAACUUAAUAUUCAGUAUAAUGGCCGACCGAAUUGGUAGGAAAAAACCUCUGAUGAUUGCCAUAGGACUACAAUCAUUAACUGGGUUUAUAAGUGCAUUUGUUCCAUGGUUUGAACUAUUUGUAAUAUUUAAAUUUAUUUCUGCUAUAGCUACCGGUGGUACUAUGCUUGUUAGCUUUGUUUUACUUAUGGAGAUUGUAGGAAUAGAAUGGCGUUCAACAAUGUCAGUCCUCUUUCAUGUGCCAUUCUUACUGGGUCACUUAAUGAAUCCUUUAAUUUCAUAUUUAACACAUACAUGGGAUGGUUUUCAAAUGGCAGUUUCUAUACCAUCACUCUUUUUAUUGUCGUAUUAUUGGAUUAUACCUGAAUCACCAAGGUGGUUACUUGCUAUUGGUAAAUUAUCGAAAGCAGAACAAAUACUGAUCAAAGCAGCUAACAGAAAUAAGAUACCAAUAGAAAAUGUUAAAACAGCAAUUGAAACAUAUGAAAGUAAUAUGAGAAAUUAUCGUAAACGAAUUGAAGACAAAUAUAAUAUUACGCACCUGUUCAGAACUCCAAAUCUAAGAUUGAAAACCAUUUGUAUAUGUAUUAAUUGGUUUGUCUGUGGUAGUUACUUCUUUGGACUAGCACAAUAUAUGGGUUACAUUGACGGUAAUAUCUUUGUAAAUGUUGCUGUAUCAGCUGCUGUUGAACUACCAGGAACUAUAGUAGUUCUACUUUUAAUAUCUCGUGUAUCACGUUUGAGAAUUUUAAUAAGUGGAAAUAUUUUAUCUGCUGUAAGUUUACUUUUACUGACUGUGAUAUCAGAUUCAAAUUUUACAGUAUUUUUAGCUACACUAGGUCUUGCGGGAAUGUCACUUAGUUUUCCAACAAUAUAUCUAUAUAGCAGUGAAGCAUUUCCAACAGUAGUCAGAAAUGUAGGUGUUGGUCUAGGAAGUGUUUGUGCAAGAAUUGGAAGCAUGAUUGCACCAUAUAUUGCAACAAUGGGAAAAAUUAAACCUUGGUUACCACCAUUAGUAUUUGGUGCUGGACCAUUACUUGGUGCUUUGUUAUGUUUCUUUCUACCAGAAACAAUGAAUUGUGAAUUACCAGAAACUAUUGAAGAUGGCGAGAAUUUUGGAAAAAAAAAACUUGGAAAAAUGCAACAAAAUAAUAUUUAUUGAAAAUUAUAAAUAAGAGAUAAACAAUAGAAUAAUGAAACAGA